AUGAGCACAAGCAGUCAAUUGACGGUUCCAAAGAAACCCUUGGCUCAAUGGACAGAAUCAGCCAUUGCGUCCUGUAUUGCUGGUUCAUUAAUCCUUUGGGCUUCAACCGGUAUCCGCCAAACGUUUGGUCUCUUCUUGAUUCCAGUAACCCGAGAGACAGGCUGGGAUCGCACAUCUUUCUCCAUAGCCGCGGCCCUUUUACAACUGUUUUUUGGAUUUGCUCAACCAUUUCUGGUUUAUCUAGCCGAACGAAAAUUUGGAUUCGGAAUGACAAUUUUCGUAGGAAGCGUAUUUUAUGGUGUGGGGUGUUUCAUAAUGUACGGCUCGUCCGGUUCUUCGGGCUUGUUUAUCUUCAGUAUGGGCGUUGUUGUGGGAGUUUCUGCUGGCAUGAACUCCUUCCCAAUCGUUCUUGGAGCCAUUGGACGCCGUCUCCCUCUCCAUAGCAAACGACAAAAGAUGGCUUUUGGUAUCGUAUCAAGUUUCGGCAGUUUCGGUCAAUGCUGUUUCUUACCAAUUGCAAGAGCAAUGAUCGAAAGCAUCGGCUGGAAGAACACUUCACUAGUACUUGGCGCCAUAAUGGUUGGACUAGCUCCUCUUAGCAUUUUUCUUAAAACAAUGCCUCGCGUACUUGCCGAACCCGAGGUUGACUCAAUCGAAACCCCUAAAGAAGUCGUCUGUACUACAGAAGAUAUCAGCGAAAAAGAAAAGGCGGGAAGAGAACACGUUGAGAAACCAGCGUCUUCUGAAGAAUCGGAAGCAGAGGAUUCUAAUGGGGUUAUGGCAGUUAUCGCUAAGGCUAUGACGAACUCAUCCUUCUUACUCAUCUCAGCAGCCUUCUUUGUCUGUGGUUUCCACGUUUCAUUUAUAUCUACGCAUUUUCCUGCUUAUUUGGAAGAUCAUGGUAUUAGUUCUUCAAUUGGAGCAUGGACUAUCUCUGUCAUUGGUUUGGGUUCCAUGCUUGGUACAAUUCUGACUGGAUAUCUUAAUACUAUCAUCAGACCAAAGUAUACUCUUGCUGGUCUCUUCUUUGGAAGAGUCAUUAUGACCGUUGUUCUGCUGUGGACACCAUUAUCUAUUGGAACAGCUUUUGUGUUUUCAGUCUUUGUUGGAAUUUGUUGGCUGUCAACUGUACCGCCAAUGACUCAAUUUAUCAGUGACAUCUUUGGACAUGAGUAUAUUGGUCAUCAAGUUGGUGGCUUCAUCGGUGCAUAUGUUGCUGGUAGAGUCUAUGACACUACUGGGAGCUAUUUGCGUAUGUGGUAUGUCACACUUGCUUUGACAGGCUUUGCGACAAUAUGUGUUCUGUUGGCUCCAAAUGGCGAGAAGGCAAGACCUUUAAGGACCAAGAAUCAACCAGAAAAAGCAUGA